UCGGCUUUCUUCCGUUCCUCCACCGUAUAAAGUCACCGAGGUCCGAGAGCACCACCAGCUCCACCACCGUCUCCACCAACCCAGAGCAGAGUCGCGGCAGGCACAAUGGACGCGGCGUCGCUGCUCCCGUUCGCCAUCGCGCUGGUGGCGAUCCCGAUCUCGCUGGCGCUGCUGGACCGGCUGCGGCUGGGCCGGCUGCCGCCGGGCCCGCGCCCGUGGCCGGUGGUGGGCAACCUGCGGCAGAUCAAGCCGGUGCGGUGCCGCUGCUUCCAGGAGUGGGCGGAGCGGUACGGGCCCAUCAUCUCCGUCUGGUUCGGCUCCUCGCUCACCGUCGUCGUCUCCACCUCCGAGCUGGCCAAGGAGGUGCUCAAGGAGCACGACCAGCAGCUCGCCGACCGGCCCCGCAACCGCUCCACCCAGCGCUUCAGCCGCAACGGCCAGGACCUCAUCUGGGCCGACUACGGCCCGCACUACAUCAAGGUGCGCAAGCUCUGCAACCUCGAGCUCUUCACCCAGAAGCGCCUCGAGGCGCUGCGCUCCAUCCGCGAGGACGAGGUCACCGCCAUGGUCGAGUCCGUCCACCGCGCCGCCGCCGGCCCCGGUAAUGAAGGAAAGCCAUUGGUAGUGAGGAAUCACCUUGCUAUGGUGUCCUUCAACAAUAUAACAAGGCUAGCUUUUGGGAAGCGGUUCAUGAAUGCAAAUGGUGACAUUGACGAAGAAGGGCAGGAGUUCAAGAUUAUUGUCAACAAUGGUAUCAAAAUUGGUGCAUCUCUCUCUGUUGCUGAAUACAUUUGGUACUUGAGAUGGCUGUGUCCACUUAAUGAGGAGCUUUACAAGACCCACAAUGAGAGGAGGGAUCGUCUGACCAAGAAGAUCAUUGAAGAGCAUGCACAGGCCCUCCAGGAGAGAGGUGCCAAACAGCACUUUGUGGAUGCACUGUUCACUCUCAGAGAGAAGUAUGACCUUAGUGAUGACACAGUUUUCGGACUUCUAUGGGACAUGAUCACCGCCGGAAUGGACACGACAGUCAUAUCAGUCGAGUGGGCCAUGGCAGAGCUGGUGAGGAACCCCAGGGUGCAGAAGAAGCUGCAGGAGGAGCUGGACAGCGUGGUCGGCCGCGAUCGCGUCAUGUCCGAGACCGACUUCCCGAACCUGCCCUACCUGAUGGCCGUCGUGAAGGAGUCCCUCCGCCUGCACCCGCCGACGCCGCUCAUGCUGCCCCACAAGGCCAGCGCGAGCGUCAAGGUCGGCGGCUACAGCAUCCCCAAGGGCGCCAACGUGAUGGUGAACGUGUGGGCGGUGGCCCGGGACCCCAAGGUGUGGAGCAGCCCGCUGGAGUUCCGGCCGGAGCGGUUCCUGGAGGAGAGCAUCGACAUCAAGGGCAGCGACUUCAGGGUGCUGCCCUUCGGCGCGGGCCGGAGGGUGUGCCCCGGCGCGCAGCUCGGGAUCAACCUCGUCGCCUCCAUGAUCGGGCACAUGCUGCACCACUUCGAGUGGUCUCUGCCGGAGGGCGCCAGGCCGGAGGACAUCAGCAUGAUGGAGUCCCCCGGGCUCGUCACCUUCAUGGGCACGCCGCUGCAGGCCGUCGCCACGCCGCGCCUGGAGAAUGAGGAGCUGUACAAGAGGGUCCCGGUUGAGAUCUGAGCUGCUUGGAGUGUUGCCCCGCUCGCUGCUUUCAGCUAGGUGCUGGAUGGAGCUCGUGUUGUUGUAAAUCGUGAGGUGUUUGACUGCCUUUUGAAUGGAUCUCAUAAAGCGACGACGGCAGAUCGCAGAUCGUUUCUCCCUUUAUUAUUAGGUUUUCGUUCGAUAUAGUUUUGUUUUUCUGUUAAUAACAGUUUAACACAGCAAAUCAUUCUAGACAAUGUAUUUCUCCACAUAAUAUAUCUUGUUCUGGACUGAAAUUCGGCACCGAUCGCACGUUAAGGCCUUGGUAAGAAGCUUUGGAAACCUGAGGUA